UGGCAUACAGAGCACAGCAGCUCACUUGUGUAGUGUCUGGUGAUCGAUUAUUAGCAUCAUUAUGUCACGUCAAAGCAAGGACACCAACACAGAAGAAAAUCUUCUUCCAACUCCUGAAAAGGAACCUCGCUUACCAAGAAUCAGGCAGGUUUCACCUGCCCAUCCACGGAAGCUUGGGUUGACCAGGAAACUGAGGAAGGAUUUUAAAGAGGAUGUAAAUCCAGAGGAGAAAGCACGGAGACACAAAGAGCUGGAGCUGAAGCCACUGUAUAAGGAGCUGCUGUACACCAUUGCACAUAAAAUGGGUAAAUCAUCUUCAGAUGAGGUCUUCACAGCCAGCCAGCUUCAGCAGUACAUUAAGGAGGCUUUCGCUAUGACAGAGUCAGAGCACAGCAGCCUGCUGGAGAAAGCGCAGAGCACAGAGGCCCCUGCAUACUGUCUGAUGGCCACAGUGAAGGAAGCCAAGGGAAUUCUGGGAAAAGAUGUCAGCGGUUUUAGUGACCCGUACUGCCUGCUGACCAUACUGGAAGAUGAGGAGGAGGUCAAGACGCGCCGCUCACGAGCCAAACCCUGUAAAUUUGUUGUAAAAGACGCCAUAUCGAACGACAAAAUAUACCAAACCGAUAUAAAGAAGCAGACCCUGAACCCAAUUUGGAACCAAACCUUUAUACUAGAGUUUGGAGACAUCGAAGGCGCCAGCUUUCACCUUGAGAUGUGGGACAAAGAUGAAGAUGUGUCCCUCACUCAGAAACUGGAGGAUAUCAAAACCAAUUUUAACAGUUUAAGAAGGUAUUACGGUCUCUAUUUUACUGCUACCCUAAAGAACUGGACCAAAGGAAGCAGUCAAAUUGUUCUAUUUUUACUUAUUAGGAUGAUCAAGGACGCCAAAAAGGAAAAAGGCACAGAUGACUUUUUGGGGCAUGUUGUUUUGAGGCUACAGGAUCUCCACUGCACAGAAGACAGCUGGUACAACCUGGAGCCCCGGACAGAGACCUACCCUGACCGUGGCCAGUGCCACCUCAUUCUAAAGUUCACCCACAAAUCCAGAGACGGGACGCUGAGUGCCGGUCGCAGUGCCUACAUCAACUACUGUGGGAUUCUGCAGCAGUUCGUGCAGGCCUACAUCUCCAAGCAGCAGAGCACGGCUCCCUGGAAGGGCGCGCUGGGCGGCGAGGCGCAGACCCUGCUGGAGCUCUACGCCACACAGAACGACCUGUCGCCAUUUCUGCAAGACCUGGCGAAAUGGGUGGCUUACAGCAGGCUGUACCAGAGCCUGGAGGUGGACUCGUCUGUUCUCCUGCAGCAGCUCACCAGCAUCGAGUACCACUGGCACCAGCAGGAGCUGCCUCACCAGCAGAAACAGGAACUUGGGGAUUCUCUUCAUGGUUUCCUGCAGUACGGCUUGUGUCUGGUGUCCAAAUACAGAGACAUCUUCCCACCAACUCCUAACGCUACCCCUAAACUACACACUCUGCUCAGGAUCCUGGUCCAGAUCUGUAAGACGCAGGCUUUUCAGAAACUGAACCCAGCUGAUGUUGAUCUUCAUGACGAGGUCAUUGACGCCAUACAGACCGGAACAGAGGAAUGGUUUACCAUCAAAAAGGGUUUGCAUCAGCCAAUGACUAAGGACCUGACAGAGCUCGGGAACGCCUUCUCCAGUUUGAUUUUGGAGGUGCAGCAAGACAUAAAACACAACAAGGAUGUCUGGAACCGAGUGUUUGUCAGUGUGGUCCAGGUGGACGUGUUCACUGUUGUCUACCAGAGGUUUGACUCGUUGCUUGCGAAUGAAGUAAAGGAGACCUUAUCUUCAAUGGAAGGACAAAUGGAGCAGAAUCUAGCCAAAAGCUUGUUCCCAAUCUAUAUGAGCCUGCAGGCCAUCCACAAAGACAAGGCUUUCUUACAGAAGAGAGGAUUACUAAAGCUGACUAACUUCCACGAGGGGUUCAGAGAGGCUCUGCCCUACUGGCUCAACCAGGCCUUCAGCACCACACAGGACCGGGUGGAGAGGGCUGUGCAGGUGGACCAGCUCCAGCCUCUACAGAUCGGUGCCGUGCCCAUCAAACACAGCUCCUCAGCGGUGGACCUGGUUGCAUGUGUCCAGCCCAUCUGCCAGCUGUGGGAACAGCUGUCCUGGCCCGACCCCGAGGAGGCCUUCAUGCUCAUGGUCAAACUCACCGAGGACGUGUGUAAGAUCGUGGUCAGCUACUGCCACCUCCUGAAGGACAGGGUCAGGGUGCUGUCGGAGAACUCGGACCACGGCAGCGCCAUUAACAUGUUGUGCGUGGUCGUGAACGACCUGGAGCACCUGCGCUCGGUUCUGACCCGGCUUCCCACGCAGCUGAACUGGGCGGGGCUUCGGGAUCGGACCCAGAAUGUGAUCGGGGAGAAUCAGUUCCACAACACGCUGCCCUCCCAGCUGCAGCAGGCCCAGAGCAUCCUCAGCCGGGAGAUCCGCUCAGCGCUGGACACCCUGGGGAAAAAGCUGAACAGAGACAUUGAGACUCAUGUUAGAAGCAUGUCAACCAGGCGCAGGAUUCCCUCCAAAUCCACAGAAGAUGCUGCAGCCCCUCUGAUGCGGUAUUUGGAGCAAGAGCUGCAGUACAUGAAUGAAAACCUGGUGCAAGAGAACUUCAACAGUCUUCUGACUCCUCUCUGGAAUAACUCGGUGAAAAUCCUGUACCAGGUGGCCACCCAGCACUCGCAGCAGGAGGGCCUGAUGGUGUUCUGCCAGAGGCUGCUGUACACGCUGCAGUGCCUUGAACAGUGCUUCCACGCAGAGGGAAAUGGACUUCCGCUGGAAACCCUCCACUCUGACGAAUACAAAAUGCUGAAGGCCCACCUGACCCACAACUCCCUGAGCAGCCAACAGCUGGUGGAGAAGUUCCUGGACAGGAAAAUGUGGGAGCAGAAAGUGUACAGCGGAGAAAAGUAUGGCGCGGUCACCCUCCUGACGUCCUACAGACACUCUGACCAGAGGCUGCACGUCGAGGUCCUGAAUGCUGUCAACCUCCUUCCAAUGGACUCCAACGGUUUCAGUGACCCCUUCGUGCACCUGUGUCUGGAGCCCUACCACGUCUUCCCUGAGGUGGAGCCUCGCUGCACUCAGAUCAAAAACUGUGAUCUCAAUCCACUUUUUGACGAGUCCUUCGAUUUCAUGGUUUCCCUGGAUCAGUGCCAGGCUCCAGGGGCCUGCCUGCUGGUCACAGUUCUGGACCAUGACACCCUGAGAGCAGAUGACUUUGAGGGGGAGGCCUUCCUGGCCCUGAAGGCCAUUCCAGGGGUUUCUGGACCUAAAGGGCAAGAGCUGGGCUCCCAACCAGACGCCACCCCUGCUCAGAUACGCCUGCCUCUGACGCACCCCAAACCCAGCGGCGACAGCAUCCUGAGGCUGCUGGAGUCCCGGAGGGGAGAGAAGGAGGCGCAGGCCUUUGUGAAGAAAAGACGGCAGCGGGAGAAACAGUCCAAGGAGGGCAUUGAGUCGUAA